AUGUCUACUACUUCAUUAUAUCGAACUCGAAAUAAAGAAGAAACAAAUGUAACGAUAUUAGAACACUUACCUAACGAGAUUUUACUCAUUUUGUUCGAAUAUUUUAAUGGUAUUGACCUUCUUCAGACAUUUUAUGAUCUCAAUUCUCAUUUGAAUCUUCUUCUUUACAAACAAUUUCAAUUGUAUUGUUUCAAUUUUAAAUCUAUAUCAAAAUGUACCUUCGAUCUAAUAUGUCAACAACAUUUACCGUUCAUUGCAAAUAAAGUUAUUUCUCUUGCAUUCUCUGAUUAUCGUGAUACACCAAAACAAAUGAGUCUAUUUUUUUCUUAUAUACCAUCACUCCAUCGAUUCACUCAAUUGCAAUCACUUACUUUAUCUAACAUUCAUUCAUAUGAUACAGUAGUACAAUUUCUCAAUGAAUGUCAUUAUCUUUAUAAUCUCAUUCAUUUAACUUUCUAUUUUUAUUCUUUUUUAACCUCCUCAGUUGAUCUUCAAUUAAUUAUUGAUAAAAUCUGGAGUUUACCAAAACUCACUUACUGUCAUUUUGAUGUUAGAAUCGAAAGACAACCAAAUUUUUGUCUACCAACAAUUAUUUCCUCAUCUCUUAAAUAUCUAUAUCUACCUCACAGUAAACUUCAAUGGAAUCAAGUAAAUCGAUUAUUUCACUACGUACCUGAACUUAAACAUCUUUCGAUACUUAAUGAACCAUCUGUUGUCGACAAUUAUAUACUAUUGCCACCUCCAGGUCUAAUUAAAUUAAACUUUUAUUGUCCUGAUAAAUCAAUCAUUUCGAAACUUGAUAUACUUUUACAAAAUAUGUCUAAUUUAUAUUAUUUGCAUAUCCGUCUUAAACAUAGUCUAAUUAACGGUUACAAAUGGGAACAAAUUAUUCGUAUUCAUUUGCCAAAACUUAAAAUAUUUCGACUAAGAAUGAAUAAAGCAUUUUUUAACAAUCCAAAUAUACAAUUACAAAGACAAGUCGAUAAAUUAAUAAAUUCAUUUCGAAGUUCAUUUUGGAUUAAUGAACGACAAUGGUUUUUUCGAUGUUUUACAUGGAAGAAAAUCAUCGUUCUCCAUAGUCUUUGUAGUACAUAUAAUUAUCACGGAUGUAUAACUCCUGACUUUUGGCAAUCAACAUCUCCACAUGAUAAUCAACAACAAUUUCAUAAUGAGAUAACUAGCAUUGAUAGCGAAACAUUUCUUAAUGAAUUAGUUUCAUUAAAUAUUUGUUUAUCUAACAUUGAUCAUCUUACUAUAAAACUUCCUAUCAAUGAAAAAAUUUGGUCAAUAUUUUCAAAUUUCAAUCGACUUCACUCACUUACUGUAUUAUCUCAUACUGACACUUUUCAAUUUGAACUUCAGAUUUUAUUAGAUCGAGCACCUCAUCUUCGAAUACUUAGAUUGGGACAAGAUGGAUCAUUACCAUUACACUUGUCAUUAUUCAAUUAUAGAAAUACGUCAGUUCGUGAACUAAAUUUAAUUGGCUGUGACUAUUGUUUCAAUGAAGAAGAAUGUAUUUUAUUCAGUCAUUCAUCUUUAGGCGUACAAUGUGAAGUUCUUUUCAUUGAAGUUAAUAAUCGUGAAACUAUCAUUCAUCUCGUUAAACAUAUGAUCAAACUUCGAGUACUAUAUAUUUGUUACGAUGAUGGAAUGAAUUGGGAAAAUUUGAAAAUGAAAACAGCAGCACAAUAUGAUGAAUGUUAUAAAACAGCAAGACAGAUGAUCGAUCAACUUGUUCAAUGGUUAAAAGAUCAUUUACCGUCGACAUAUUUGGUCAUUAAUGAUCCACAUUACAGUAGCAAUGUUAUUUCAAUAUGGAUUUAG